CUGUUUCAGCUAUUUGAAACUUAGCUUCGCUGUUACAGUAAUGUUCGAUCAGUUCGACCAGCAGUCGGGUACCGAGAUCUUGGACUGUACCGGUCUCAGAGUGAGGAAGCUGAACCGUACUACCACGGCGAUUACAGGAAACUGCAUUCAGAAGGAAGAGAUAGACAAAGAUUAUAUGUUGUCGACUGUGAUCUUGUACAGCCGUUUGGGGAACCAGCAGUACAACUACUCGCCCUACAAAAUACCUAAUCAAAGAGCUUGUGAAACUGCAAAAGGAUUUGCUAAUGAAUACAAAAAGUGGUUAAAGGACGUAGAGAACCUUCCCGAACCAGACGAGUGUCCGAUUGCAAAGCGUACGAUCAUAGUGAAGGACGGAAUCUUUCCAUCCGAAGUCAUACCACCGGGAUUGGUCCAGCCAGGCCUCUGGAAGUCUGUAGUGACAAUUGAGAAACCGAACGGCGGCAACGUGACGUUUUCAUUGGUUUUCAAAGUAUACUCCGAUGGAUUAUUCUGA